AUGACAUCACUCAGAGUCCUUGAUGUGUCAGUUACCAAUCUGAAUGAGACUGCGAACCUUAAAAGUCUUCUUAAAAAUCUUUGUUGUUUGGAAAUCCUCGACCUUUCUGGAAAUGUCUUGAAUGGAGAUAUAGUGGCCUUGAUGGAGGGGCUGCCACGAUGCGCAUGGAAAAAACUACUAGAGCUAGAUUUCAGUGUUAACAAAAUCAUUGGGACCCUGCCAAAUUUUAUGAGGGAAUUCAGAAGCUUGAGCAUGCUUGACCUGUCCGACAACAACCUUGUUGGACCUAUACCACCAGUGGUUUGGAAUUUGACGCAUUUAACCUUACUUAAACUUGGCUGGAAUCAGCUCAACGGGAAUGUACCAACUGAAAUUGGUGCCCUUAGUGCUCUGACUGUUUUAGAGAUAAGUGCCAACAACUUGACCGGAGGUAUUCCGUCCGAGCUUGGAAAAUUGAAGCAUUUGGCGACCCUUAGGCUCGGAGGCAACAAAAUUACUGGACCUAUUCCACUAGAGGUUAUGCAUUCAACUAGCUUAACCAUGCUAGACCUUUCCAGUAAUCACCUCAAUGGAAGUGUGCCCACUGAAUUAGGUUCCCUGAAGAAGUUGGUAUAUCUGUACCUAGGCGGCAACGACCUUAGUGGUGUGAUCACGGAAGAACACUUUGCAAACUUAACAAGUUUAUUGAACAUAGACUUGUCUUCCAAUAAUUUGAAGAUUGUAGUGAACUCAGAUUGGCGUUCUCCCUUUAGGCUACAGUUCGCAGAUUUUGCAUCUUGCGAAAUAGGUCCUCUCUUUCCAGCUUGGCUUCAACAGCUGCGGGGAAUCACUCAUCUUGACAUUUCGGGCACAGCUUUAGAGGAUAAGUUUCCUGAUUGGUUUUGGUAUACAUUUUCACAGACAAGAUAUCUCGACAUCUCUAACAACCAGAUGAGUGGCAGUUUACCAGCACAUCUGGAUGACAUGGCUUUGGAAGAACUCCACCUAAGUUCAAACCGACUCACCGGGUCAAUACCUUCGUUGCUGACAAAUAUCACAAGGUUAGACAUCUCCAACAACAAAUUUUCAGGAGUAAUACCAUCAAAUUUUGAAGCCUCCAAGCUUGAAAUGUUGCUUAUCUAUUCAAAUCGAAUUGGUGGGUACAUUCCAGAUUCUAUUUGCAAAUUGCAACAAUUAUCGUAUCUGGACUUGUCGAACAAUUUUUUUGAGGGUGAAAUUCCUCAAUGUUUUGACAUCCAACAAAUGAAAUAUCUUUUGCUCAGUAACAACAGUUUAUCAGGAAGAUUCCCAGCAUUUUUGCAGAACAACACAUAUUUGGAGUUCUUGGAUCUUGCAUGGAACAAGUUAUCUGGAAGAUUGCCUACAUGGAUAGGAGAUCUGGGGAAACUGCAUUUUGUAUUAUUGAGCCACAAUGCAUUUUCGGAUAAUAUUCCGGUGGACAUAACAAGGCUUAUGGUUCUUCAGUACUUGGAUUUGUCAGGCAACAAUUUCUCUGGUUCAAUACCUUGGCAUCUAUCAAACCUAACACUUAUGAAAAAGGUACAUAAGCAGCAGUUCAUGUAUAUUGAUGAUGGAAGAAAUAUUCUUAGUAGUUACAAAAGGACAGCAGCUUGUGUAUGGUAG